GAGCUAGUGACAUCAUUCAGGAGUUGUCGCAGGCGAUACAAGGCGGCUGGUCCGUCUUGGUCCUGAAUAAAAGUGUAUUUGUUUUUCGUUUUUUAAAUCACCUUAUUUUGUAUUGGCGUGUUUAUUUUGAAAUCAUUAUUUUCAUCCUUUGGAAACAAAGUAACAUAAACGCAACAAGAAUUAGAAGUAAUAAUAAGAAAAAUAGUUAUAAAAUAACAUUUCAUUAACCCAUUUCGACCUAGGACUUUUGAAUGUGUUAUCAUCAUGUCACCUGUAGAAGAUUUGACACUAUUGGAUUUCGACAGGUCAAACAAAGGGGCCUCCAAACAGAGAAGGGACCAAAUCAAUGCAGAGAUUGCAACAAUGCGAGAAUUACUCCCCUUGCCGGAGUCGUCUCGCCAACGCCUCUCCCAGCUUCAAAUCAUGUCACUGACCUGUGUUUACAUUAGGAAAUGCAACGUUCUCCACAAAUUAUUUCGAACCAAAUCUUUAGAAACGAGUCUUCCUGAAGCACUGGACUUUUUCCAGGCUUUAACAGGCUUCUUAUUGGUCACCACACGAGAAGGAAAGUUAUUGUACAUCUCAGAAAAUGUGACAGACUUUCUUGGCCAUUCAAUGGUUGACAUGAAGACACAGGGAGACAGCCUGUAUGAUAUUGUAGACAAGCGAGACCACACUACAGUGCGCAGUCAGUUGCAGCAGGGCUGUAACAUGGAGGACAAGAGGUCACUCUCAGACGUGUCCUUUUUCUGCCGAAUGAACAUGUCCAGAACUCUGAAACGCCAAUCUGGUUUUGGCGAUGUCAAGGUCAUGCAUGUCCGUGGCCACUUUAUUGGAACAGGGGCCACUGAACCUGGAUGUCCUGUGGACAGUCAGUGUGUCUUCAUGGCCACUUGCUCCCCUUUGAUCACACCUGACCUGAAGGAAAACUUGGUACAGAACAACACAAUGGUUUUCAAGACUGUCCACCAGCUGGACAUGACAUACUAUGAAGUCACAAAAACAGCUGAGUACCACCUGGGAAUGAGUUCUGAGGAACUUUACAAGAAAUCCUGGUACUCAAUGCUGUAUCCUGAAGAUAUUCAUGAAGCCAAAGAGAAACAUUUACAGCUUAUUCGCUCCAAUCAUGAAAUGGGCUGCAUGAUGACAGUACGUAUGCUGAAAGCAGAUGGGAGUGUAUUCUGGGUGAAUCUGGUCAUGCACGUACGUCAAGCUAGCCUGGCCCAGAAUGAUGAGCCACUUAUUGUCUGCAUUAAUCAAGUUAUUGAUGCACAGGAAGCCUUUCAAAUAAAAGUUCAAGGUCACAUGCUCCCCAUGUUUCCCAGUCGACCACAUGAAAUGUGGGGAAAUCAUUUUCCAUCUGGCCAGGAGCCACCCAGUGGACACUGGGUCCAAAAGAUGAGUCCAGUCUCCAUACCCAGCUACCAGAGCAACAUCCCCAGCUACAUAGGCCAGAGUGGACAGCCAUCCAUGUACAGCUCUGGCAUGUCAGUGCUAAACAAUUGUGGGAUUGAUCAGUCCCACCACCAUGACCUAAACAGUAUGAUCUCUUCAUCCUCCCUGGACCAGACUGACCAGCUGAAGGCUCGGCUAAAGAGAAAGAUCCAAGGGCCCCAUUCCAAUACCUGCAAACCAACUAAAAUUCCCCGCACCAACUGGAGUGUUGAUAGAAGUGGUGGAGGAAAUGGAUUCCCAGAGUCAGACCAGAGCCUGCCCAUGAUGGAACAGUAUUCUCAUGCACCAAUGACUGAGGGGCACUCAGACUUUUCUGGUCAACAAAUGAUUGCAGUCCCACCGAGAUACAGAAUUGGAGGACUUAUGACAGCAAAGUCUAGCCAUAAAUUUUAUGAUUGCCAAGGAAUGGUAUCAUCUAUGGGUACCAUGUUCUCAUCAGAGCAGGUAGUACCUGAUGUUCAUUUACCAGAAUCUUACCUCACCCCAGACCCUUCACCCAUUUCGUCCCCUGAACCUUCCUGCAUGACAGUGAAGACUGAGGUGAUGGACAGUGAUGCGAGAUCUGAGCCAGUGAAGACUUCACAAGAGAUCCUAAAAGCCCUCGAGAAGCUUGCAGCUCAGCCACAAGAGCUGCGAUUGAGCAGUGUUCCUACUGAGAUCCCUAUUGUACCCCAAACUAAACAAAUGAGAAAAGAACUUCCAGUUUUUGAUGCUUUUGACAUUGAUAAUUUUUUCGAUGCAUUGAAGAUGCCAGAUGCUCAAUCAAAAGCAUCACCCAAGCUGGAAGCUCUGCCCUUGAAGAAAGAAAUUAAAGUGGAACUCCCUGAAGAAUCCAUCUCUGCUGAAAACAUUCCUAACUUUGCCGCCCUGAAGGAAGAGCAACCUUGCAUGAGUCCCCCUUACUUUGUCCCUGCCUCUGUAGACAGGCCUCAGCCACAAGCUCCUUCAAUGUUCUUGUCAUCUGCUAUAUCUGAAACCUACUAUGAACCUGCUGAUAGAGUCAGUUUUAACCCUGAUAUUUCAGCCAAUGAAAACCAGCAUCCACCACUGACAAAGUCAUCAAAAGAUCUAGUCUUGGUUCCUCAGCCCAAAUUCAUGAGCUCACAGGAGAAAAUUGAUGACCUGCUGAGUUAUUUCUCAGAUGAUGGCUCUGAUGUCUCUUCCCUCCAUACUGAUUCUAGCAGCUUUUACUUGGAUCGCUCUGCCACGCAGGACUUUCUGGAUGAUACCUUCUACCAGAAAUCAUAUCACAUGGAUCAGUAUAACAGCUACCAAAGGCAAAUGGAUCACCAGCUGAGCCCAUUGUCAAGCAGCUCUUCUCUAUCUGGGGAGGAUGACAUUGCAUUAGAAGAAGACCAUUCCACUGACAUGCUGGAGACUGCACUUGGGGAGAAUCCAUCCACUAACUCUUUCAAAGAUGGAGAUGUUCUCUGUAUGCAUGAUGAAUUCAAAUUAGACUUCUCUGACUUCUUCCCUGCUUCAGAGGGAUCCCUGGACUUGAUCAAAAACGGCCAGUAGGCUUUCCUGUGGUGUAAUACUUGUUUUACACUCUCAAAGACGUUCACACUGUAUGGCAUAUUGUCAUGUGUAGCUUUUUUUAUGAUGCUGUUGCUGCUGGUCAGCAUGGCUGUGGCAAGCCGGCUCCUGUCACAGGUCUUACUGCUGGCAGUGGGGCACCGUGGCAUUCGCUUGUCACAUGAGCAUAAAGACAAGAAGUAACUAGGGAGGUGAGGUACAGAAAUAGAAUGAAGAGGGACACGUGACUCACCUGCCGGUCAGUGGUCACUUAGUCAACUCUCCCAAGUGCAUAAUGAGACUCAAAGAAAAACAAAAGCAGAUCUUCAAACACUGGUUGUUUGGAUCUGCAAUAGUUUGUUCAAACAUGGCAAAUAUGUUCAUUAUCUUUAUGAUAUUUAGCCUUUUCUCUUGGUGUGAAUUGUCACAUUUUAAAACUAAACAUGUUCAAUGUGGUACCUGGCAAUUUACAAAGUAAUAUCAGACAUUUAAUCUGCUUUAAGUUUCAGAAUUAAUUUAUAUUUAUGAUUUUUUUUUUAUCUUGAUCAUUUCUGUAAUCAUUUCACAUUAAAACAUUACAAUUUAAGAAAAACUAAAUUUGUUUCUUGUAAAUAAUCAUUUUUAUUGAUUUAAAUUUUGUUGUUUUUUUUUCUUCAAAAUGAUUUUUUUUUCUUUCUUGCUUAUUUUUUAAAUGAAAAAUUCUUGUCUAUUUUGAUUAUUGUUGUAGAAAUUUAUUUCUUCAGUACUAUUAGAUAAAUAUUUAUAGAAAUAGGCCUACUUUGGAUAAUUUCAACUACACCAAGAAAAUGUCUCUGUUUAAUUAUUUUGUUGAACGUGUUUUUUAUUAAAUAACAUUUUUGUUUCAUGAUAAAAACAAUUCAUGUUUUGACACUGCUUUGAUAGCAGCAGAUCAUUUAUUAUGCCAUCCACUUUUGUCCUGUCCUUUCAAAGCUGUUCACAAUAAUAAUCGUAAUUCUUGUUCAAUGGUCAGUGCUGGUCACUUGCUUAUUUCAUUAUUAGUAGCACAUUAACAUUUUUUUUUUGCUGUCACUGGGAUACGUAGUCUCAUUAGCGUUGUGUCAAUGACAUAUUUGUAUCAUUUCAUUGGUUAUUAAAUAUCGCUGCAGCAUACUGAGGUCAUUGCAGGUCAUGACCUUAAUUUUUUUUUAUUGAAUUGCUUUUUUAUUAAACAUGAUGGCAUAUGCAGUAGACAAAAAAAAAAUGUCAUGCUGGCUCGUGACCUUUUUUUUUUCUGCAUGUGAAAAUUAAUUGUCAGUACAAUUGUCAUGCGGGACAUGACUAGGACAGAUUUUAAGCUGGCUUAAAAGGUUUUAUGGAAUUGUACAUUUAUAUAAAUAUAUAUAUAUAACUAUUUGUUGUAUUGCCUAAUUAUACAAAAUUGUUCUGUUAUCUUCCAAGGUCAGGGUCAGCCCCUCUUCCCUUCAAUUUACUUCCCAUUACACUCAAGUUUAUUUUAAAAAAGUAUUUAAAGAAAAGAAAAGAAACAAUUACUUGUCAUCAUUUAAUCUCAGCUCUACAUUAAAUUUGUUUCCCAACUAGUGCUGGCCACUUUUGAGGAAGCAAUUUUAAAAUCUAGAGUAGAGAAAAAAAAGGUUUUAUCCACUUAAAGCUUUGUGGUUCUUUCAUAUUUUUUUUUUAUUGUAGGCUUUUGGGAAAGGGGGAGGAUAAUUUUCCUGCUCAAAAAUCAAACCAUAUUUAGCUAUAAAAAUGGUCAAAGCCUUUGUAAAGUAUGGCUUAAUUUUGAAUAUAUCCUGUGAUCUACACUUGGCAUGCUGGCGUGCUUCUAACAGGGAUCAUGUUAUAUUCUUGAUUACAAUAUUUUAUAUAAAUAUGGCAAAUGGGCAUUUUUAUUGUUUUUCAAUUUCAUACUUUGCCAUUAAAUUUUUUUUUUAGGUUUUCUUUUAAUCAACCAAAGAAAAAGAAAAUUACAAAAUAAUGGGAAAAUUAUAUUUCCAGUCUUGAUGGUCAGCUGUCCUACUCACUGGCUGAGAAGUCCCAAAUGAGUGAGGAACUUCCUUACUUUGCUGUUCAGAGGGGAAAUAACUCUUAAAGUUUGGGCUGCAUUCAGAAUGGUUUAUUAAGGAAGGGUUGUCAACAGAAAACAAAGUUGUAUUAUCCAAUGUUUUUGUUGUUUUUUUAAAACUCUCCUGUUUGGAUAGGUGUCUUCAUUGUUAUACAAGCCUAAGUGUUGUCUCUCUGUGCCUUCUCUGCGUACUCUCUUGUCUAAUACCACCAUUAGAUGCUUGUGAAAUCUUUUUCACCUUUCUGGAUAACCUGUGUCUUUUUUUUUAUGUUUUUGUUUUUGUAAAAACAAAUCAAAUAAAUUAUACAUUAAUUAACAAAAAUA